UUCACAUCACUAGUGGAGAUUGAAAAAUGCCAAAUGAAUGGCAGGCUAUGUGUAUUAGCGUAAUCAGAUUGUUGUAAAAAUGGCAAAAACUUACGAUUGUUUAUUCAAAUUACUUCUAAUCGGAGAUUCGGGAGUGGGAAAAACAUCAAUACUAUUUAGAUUUUCUGAAGAUGCAUUUAACAUCUCCUUUAUAUCCACAAUUGGUAUCGACUUUAAAAUUCGAACAAUAGACCUUGAUGGCAAAAAAGUUAAAUUACAAAUAUGGGAUACUGCUGGUCAAGAGAGGUUCCGUACAAUAACAACAGCAUACUACCGUGGUUCUAUGGGAAUUAUGCUUGUCUAUGAUGUUACGAAUGAGAAGAGCUUUGAAAACAUUAAGAAUUGGAUUAGGAACAUUGAAGAGAAUGCCAGUGCUGAUGUUGAGAAAAUGAUACUUGGAAAUAAGUGUGACUUAGAUUCUCAAAGACAGGUAUCAAAGGAGCGAGGUGAACAAUUAGCCAUAGAAUAUCAGAUAAAAUUUGUGGAGACAUCAGCAAAAGACUCGUUAAAUGUUGAAUAUGCAUUUUACACUUUAGCCAGGGACAUAAAAGCGAAAAUGGAAAAGAAACAGAAGGAAGCGAGUAAUCCGUCGGGCGGUAGGAGUGGCGUCCACAAGCCGACGCUGAACGACGCUCGCAAGCCGGUGACGUGGCUGUCGCGUUGCAGCGUGCUUUGACCCCGUCUGCACACUACGAACCCCGCCCCAGCCCUAUUCUAACAUUGUGGUACUUUGAACUGCCCACCUUGACUAUAUUUUUCUACCUACUUUACUUGACGGUGCGUUGACCUCCUGCGGGGAUGAGACUUGCUUUUGUAUUUUUAUAUCCAAGACUACGAAUACAUACUUAAUUUCAUCUUUGAAAAUAAAUAAACAGUAUUGUUCAUUAAAUUAUCUGUAAUCGGUUUGUAA